UGUCGUUUUCCCUGCUCCAUUCGGUAUGCCAGAUUUGGGUGGGAUUUCUUUCUAGUCAUGGCAGCGGAUUAUGGACACAUUCAGUGCGUAAAGUACCUCGUUGAACAAUGCAGCGCAAACAUUGAGGAACCCGGCAUAGCUCCUAUCGGUGGAGAGUGUUUCACUGGAGUUCGUCCAUUGUGGUGUGCUGCCGCAGCAGGGCACUGGGACAUUGUAGUAUACCUUAUUUCCAGAGGCGCUGAUGUCAACGCUACCACUGAUACCAAGUCCACUCCGCUGAGUGCUGCGUGUACCGUGGGACGCCUCGACAUUGCAAUGCUGCUUGUAAAUCAUGGAGCUGAAAUAGAAGCUAGUGACAGCGCAGGGAUGACUUCUCUGAUGAUCGCUUCUGGCAGAGGCUACGAGGACGUAGUCAGAUACCUCCUGGGUCAUGGCGCAGACGUCAACAGGAAGAGUGGGGACGGGAGAACCGCACUGCACGCGUGCGCCGAAUCGGGACACCUCGAGAUGAUGAAGGUGUUACUGGAAAACAACGCUGAGAUGGAUGUGGAUUCGGCAGGAAUAUCGCCUUUACUAUUUGCCAGCUCUGUGGGCCACGUGAACAUCGUGGAAUAUUUACUCGGCAGAGCGGAACAGAUAUCAGUACAAGAGAAGAUCAGCGCACUGGAGCUUCUUGGGGCUUCCCUUGCCCAUACCAGCGUCGAUGCUGAUGGCGCUCUGAAAUUCUGGACACUGGCAAUGCGUGAGAGAUCCGCCCAUGGCCUUUUGAUUCACCCGAAGACCGAGAACUUGGCGGAUGAGCAUUUUCAGGAAGUCACAACCGAACAGCAACUGGAUCAAAUCAAGUCCAACAGCGAUGCUAUGGAAAUGCAAUCAUUAUUAAUCAAAGAAAGAAUAUUGGGACCUUCGGAUCCUAGCACAGUGGAACACCUUCAAGAGAGAGCGGUUUAUUAUGCAAAUAAACGGGAUAUGAAGCGAUGCAUUAGCGUAUGGCUACACGCCAUAUCUUUGCACCAGAUCAACAAUGAACUGAUAAGCGAAGACGUAUGGGUUUAUUUUACGUCGCUUAUAAAUUUGUUAGAUGGGCUAAUCACGGAACCGACAGACCACAACAAUAAGAGAGCAGUGCUAUAUUUUGAAGUUUUCGUGCAACUGUUUGAAAAGUGUAUUAGGGAAGCUGAAACGUUUUCCUUGGUUUGCAAAACUAAUUGCAGUGAUAAUGCUUCCCCCAGUGACGCUCAUUUAACUCAUAUGGAAUAUAUUCACGCCAUAGGGACCCGUCUUCUGCUGUUGUCAACUAGAUUACUGCCCGUUGUAUCUAGCAUUCAGCGGCGCACAUUGAAGAGCUCUGUAUAUAGAUUAGUCAAAUCAAACCCUCGAAAUUCCGGAGGUGUAACUCUGCUCCAUUUGGCUUGCUGUAGAUUUCCCGGAAUAGCGGCGACUUUGUUCAGUCUUCCCACUUUUCCCGAUGCUGCAGUUGUGAACCUUUUGCUGGAAGCAGGCGCUGAUCCUUGCGCGGUAGACAGCUACGGGAACACGCCCCUCCACGUCCUUGGGAGGUAUGCCGGAUGCCCAAGAGAGAUUCUGGAUGCUCUUCUCGCAGCUGGUGCACACUUGGACGCGACGAACAGACAGGGCCAGAAUUUCGAGUCGAUGAUGGCCGUCAGAGGUCGGAAAUUUGAGCAUCUGGCGAAAAGUGCCCGGUACACCUCUCUGCAGUGCCUGGCCGCUGUUGCUAUUCGAAAACAUGGCGUCCCUUAUAAAUCGGUCCUGUCUCCGAGACAGGUUCACUUUGUUGAUUACCAUUCAUCCUCGUGAGAUAUAUUCAUAUUUGCACUAUUGACAUCAGCCCAUUUUUUUAUUCGUUGGUCUUUUAAUUUUAUGUGCAAUGAAUGCAAUUUAAUCCGUGGAUGCGCUUUCAGUUAAUAUGUUUACUUUUAGUAAUUAUAUGAAAACUCAGGGAAAGAAUUUUGAUGCCGAAAAUCGUCCGGUAAUACCAAUUUGGGUCACUAUUGUACAUAAAUUUGUGUUGGUGGACGUGAGCAUACUACAUUACUCGAAUACUGGACGAGACUUCCUGAUGACUUUGAGAAUUUUUGUAGUAGCGUUCAAGGCAUAUAAAUGUUUCCUUUUAUUGUUGGCGGGAUAGUUCAUCAGUAGCACACUCUUAAAGAAAUUCUUUUUUGAUAUGUAAUAAAGGGGAUAUUAUUGGGUUUCUAUUCGAGAUUGAAUUUUCUUGUAGACUUGAUACUAAUUGCUUUGCAAAUUCUGCUCUGUCUUCAUGUCAGAUCAUGCAAAUUUUUUUUUGGUCUAAAGAAAGCGUGAAAGUAAGAUGUCUUUAAACUUUUUUUUUUAAAUGCAAGUCAUUUAAAUUUCAAAUGACAGAGUUGUAAUGGUAGUGUUGUUAUGUUAAAGAUGUGGACCAAAAUUAAAAAAUCUUGUAGCAUGAGUCUUGAAAUGGAGAAGCAAAUCCACAGUUAUGUAUGGUUACAAAAAUAUUUUAAGAUAAUUCUCAAUAGAGAGCUUUCGGAAAUCUGUUCGAUUCCCCUGAAACAGAUUUCCUAAAACUCUUUGAGAAUUAUUUUUCGAUAUAUUGUACUACCUAUAUAUAACUGAAUUUGUAGUAGAUAAGGUGUACGUUGUGCUCAGUGUAAGUAAGAUAGCGUUAAAUUCCUUCUUAAAACUACAAGCAGGAUUAACUGAAAUUGAUUAUUCAUUCCCCAGUUUGAGAAGCAACGAAAUUAGUGAAAAUUUGGAGUAUAUAAAAAUUAUUAAACCAGAGCGUGUACUUUCUUAUAGUUACCCAGCUGAUCAAGAGGAGAGUAAAAUAACGAUACGAGGUAAAAAGUACU